UUUUCUGGCCGAAACAAGCGCAACAAAACAACUCUAAAAGCUCAAUUCUUCCACAAUGGCGACGGUAACAGCUACGAUACGACCGGUAAUGAUGAGCGUGCCGGCGGCGAAGUCCCAGCACGUUUCCAGAAUUUCACUCAAGAGCUCGAGAUUGAGUUCAGACGUUGGCUUCAUUUCAUCCCAGCUGAGCGGCAUCAAAAUUUCAACCACAGCCUUCGAAACCACCCCUUGCACAAUUUCGGCACCUUUCAGGCCUUCUCUUCAGCCCGUUGCUCGGAGAAUCUGUCCCUUCACCGGGAAAAAACCAAACAAGGCCAACAGGGUUUCCCACUCGAACCACAGGACCAUAAGGAGGCAAUUUGUGAACCUCCAGUACAAGAAGAUUUGGUGGGAAGCCGGGAAGCGCUUUGUGAAGUUGCGAUUGUCAACCAAAGCUAUAAAGACCAUCGAGAAGAAUGGACUCGAUGCAGUGGCUAAGAAGGCCGGAAUUGAUCUCAGCAAAAUGUGAUCUUAACAGAGGAAGAAGAGGUGACAGAAGUUUCUGAUCUCUUUAUGUUCCUAACUUCCUAUUGUUUCCUGUUAUGUAGCUUCUCUCUUCGCCAUAUUUUGAUGCCAUUUCCUUGCUGUAAAAUCUUGCUUCGUUCCUCAAAUUAUCAGAGAGUGAACAUAAUAUUCAAGUAGUACCAUAAUUUUGGUGAACUGAAAAGAUUUUGUUGGGUAAAUUUGAAGAUAAAUGAUAUGUUUGGUAUGCUAGUGUCAA